AUGUUUCGGAGGUGCGCGUUCACGGCCGCUCGCGCGGCGCUCGCCGAUGUCCCGCGCGCGUCCUCCGCGGCGUCGCUCGGCUGCCCCGCGUCGCGCGACGCCGCCGCCGCCGCCGGCGCCGGUUUCGGCGCCCGUCGAUGGAUGAGCUGCUGGGUCGUCGGAUCCAUGGGCAGCGUGGGCGGCGCCCCGGGGUACGUCUCGACGCGUCCCCCCGUCGGACCCGCCCGAAUCGUCGAGGCCGCCCGCCCGCAUCAGCGCCCCGCGAUUCCCGAGACGGGCGUGACGCGAUGGGACGUGAACGUCGAACACGGGCCGUUCGGCCGGGGCGGCGGCGAGAUGGAGCUCACCGCGGUCCCCAAGCGCAAGGUGACGCCGUCGAGAAAAGGGAAGCGGAACCAGUUCAAGCGGAUCAGGUUCGUCGGCGAGGCUGUUCGGUGCGCGGACUGCGGCAAGGUGAAGAAGCCGCACGUGUACUGCGAUCAGUGCAGCACCAACGUGUUCGAUCGCGGCGUGGAAGGGGAGGGCGCGGUGCCGCCCGCGGGGAAGGCCCAGUAG